AUGAGUAAUCGACGAAGAAAGACAAACUUGUUGUUAGAUCCGGACAACAUUACAUUUGAAGAGACUUCACUUGAUGAAGGACCCUUCGAAUCUAUUCAUAUUCCCAUAAAUUAUCUCGAGGAAAUCGAUAAUGAUGUUGUUGAAUGUUCACCUCGAGCUUUUUCUCAGGUUUUGGCUCAUACACGGAGAACUCGUAGAAGGGUUGCAAUUGACUUGAAUCUGGAAUAUCAACCUAUGCCAUCAGAGAACAUAGAAAAUCCAACUAUGCCAUCAGAGAACAUAGAGAAUCCAACUAUCCCAACAUCAACAUCUGUUAUGCCCCAUACAGAGAACAUACAUGAACCAAUUGGUCAAAAUAAUAUAAAUUUGGAAGUCAACAUCAAUGAAGCUUCUGAAAAUGACAAAGAGUCACCAGAAAUUAACAAGGAAACGACUGAGCCUAAUAUUCAAGCUGUUGAACCACCAAAAGAGUCUGAACCUCCAAAAGAUCCUAUCUUAAACUGUCCAAUAUGCAUGGAUGCUUUUGUUGAGGAAAUGUCAACCAGGGCUAAGAAGGGUGUUUCUUCCAUCUUAAAGUUGAAGGAUCAUUCAAGUUGCGUUAAAGAAAACUGGGGCUUGAUUGUACUAUUUUUAACAUUGUUGAGUGAUUAUGUUAUUUAA